AUGUCCUGCCCGUGGCUAUGGUUAAUAGUCAAUUUAUUUAUUAGUUUUAUUUCUCUUAGUCAAUCACGUUAUAUACGUCUACCACCUGUCAAUUGCAGUGAAUUAUCUCCAAUUGGCACAUCAAUAACUCAAUUGAUCAAUGUUUUACCAUCAUCCAAUUGGGAAUUUACAUUUUUAACUCGAACAUCAGUUAUAUCUUAUUUUCUCUUAGAUGAUCUUAAAGGUACAAUAACAGUGAAACGUCGACUCGAUCGUGAAGAUCUUUGUCGUUUGGGUAUAUGUUCAUGUUCAAAUGAAUGUCUACUUAAACUUGAAAUUAAUGCACUUAGCGAUACAUAUACACAUAUAAUCUAUGUACCAAUCAUUAUUAUUGAUGAAAAUGAUAAUUUUUGUUUUUUUUCAAAUGAUAUUUAUUAUUUAAAUAUAAGUGAAAAUGUGCCUAUCAAUACUCGACUUGUUUUACCUAUAGCACAUGAUCCAGAUCAAACACCAAAUAAUGUUCAAUCGUAUUUAAUAGUACCAAAUAAUUAUUCUGAAUUUCGUCUUGAUAAUCAAUUUUCACCAUCGAUGAUUAUUAUGAAAGAAUUAGAUCGAGAAUCAUGUGAUAAAUAUUAUUUUAAUUUUUGUGCUUAUGAAGGCAUUGAAAAUCAAAAACGUUCUUGUUGUACAACAGUUGUCUUAACGAUUACUGAUAUUAAUGAUAAUUCACCGAAAUUUCAACAGGAUCAACACUCACCAUUAAUUAUUAAAGUAUCUGAACUAAGUCCUAUUGAUACAGAACUUAUUCAAAUGAAAGCUUUUGAUCCAGAUGAAGGUCUUAACGGACAAAUCAGAUAUACAUUUUCAAAGUGGACACAAAAUGAUGCAACAAUUAUUAAAAUAUUUAAUCUAAAUCCUCUAAAUGGUUCAAUUACUUUAUUAAAACAGUUAGAUUAUGAAGAAAGAAAUAAUUAUGAAUUACAAAUACAAGCAAAAGAUUCCGGAUCUAAUGCUAUUCCAACGUACGCAACACUUAUUAUACAAGUUAUUGAUGAAAAUGAUUGUACACCGGAAAUUUUUACAUUCUCACCAGCUGAUGUUCAACUUAUAAACAAUUCAAUAAUAUAUAUCUUAGAAAAUAUUUCUCUGGGUACACCAAUUCUAUAUGUGACAGUUUCUGAUUGUGAUAGUAAUGAAAAUGGACGUGUAGCAAUGAAAUUAAUCUCAUCAUUUGAUACAACUUCGCCUGUACAAUUAGAACAAGUAACUGAUAAUACAUAUGUUAUAAAGACAAAGAUACUUCUUGACCGUGAACAAAAUUCAUUUCAUUCAUUUACAUUACUUACAUAUGAUCAUGGUCAUCCGCAACGUUCAAUAGAAAGUCAAUUUGAAUUACAGUUAAUUGAUGUUAAUGAUUGUUCACCGAUUUUUGAAAAUUCAACAAAUUAUUCAUUUUAUAUUGAUGAAAAUAAUGAAGAAAAUUUGAUUCUUCAUACAGUAGAAAUAUAUGAUCCUGAUGAAGAUGAUCAUCUUACACUGAAACUUAAAUUUAAUAAUAAACAAGACUAUAAUAAUAUUUUUCAAUUGAAUGAAAAAAAUCAAUUAAUUAUUUUAAAACGUCUUGAUUAUGAAAAACAAUCAUCAUAUGAAUUUUCUAUUCUUGCUGAAGACGCAAUGGGACAUAAAACAUUUGUGCCCAUAGUAAUUCAUUUAAAUGAUUUAAAUGAUAAUCCAGUUCAAUUUUCAAAAAAAUUUACUCAAUUUCAAUUAGAGGAAAAUCAAAAUAAUCAUACAUUUCUCGGUCAUAUUCAAGCUGAAGAUGAAGAUGAAAAUGAUGAAAUUAUUUAUAAAAUACAUUCAGAAGAUUUAAAUCAAACAAAAAAUUUUAUUGAAUUAAAAUCUAAUGGAGAUUUGUAUACAAAAAUAAGUUUUAAUCGAGAAAAAAUAAAUAAACUUAAAUUUCGUAUUAUUGCAAAUGAUUCAUUACAUACUGAUUUAAUAUCUAUUGAAAUUUUAGUUCUUGAUCAAAAUGAUAAUAAACCAACAAUGAUAAGUCGAUCGCCUUAUUGUUACAUAUAUAAUAAAACAAAUAGUAAUGAAAAUAUUCGAAUAGACUUAGAAAGCUAUGAUCCUGAUGAAGAUGAUAAUGGAAACGUAUCAUUUUCUUUGGUUAAUCCAUCAUCAAUGGAAAUAACACUCCUUUCAAAUGGAACUCUAAUAGUUCCGCCUUUAUUUCAAGAAUAUCAAUUUGACAUUUAUUUACACGAUCAAGGAAAAUCAAAAGUAUUAUCUUCAAUCUAUAAGAAGUUUAUUCUUCUUAUUGUUUCUGAUGAAUCUGAAUGUCAAAAUUAUUCAAUAAUAUCUUCAAUUCAACUUGACCAAAGAACAUUUAUUUACUUUAUUUCCAUUAUACUUAUUAGUCUACUAUGUUCUACAAUAGUUAUUCUUCUUAUUUGUUGUUUUUAUUAUUUUCUACAACGACGUUCAAGAAGAAGAAGAUCUUUGAAUAAUAAGACAACAACAAAUUUAACACCAUCUUUUUCAUCAUCAUUAAAUGAAGAUGCUGAAAAUGACACAUUACUAUUGUCAUCUCCAUCGCCUCAAUUUACGGCUAUGACAACAGUAUCGAUAUCAACAACGACUACGAAUGAUUCAACUCGUUUAACAACAUUCGCUGAUCGAAUUCCAACGAAUAAAUCUUCAUCUUUAUCAAGUUCAUCAUCGACAACAUAUGUUAAAAUGAGUCAUUCAUUUGAAGAUGAAAUACUGUAA